AUGUAUCCACCAUAUACUCUUUUUGGAUGUGCCUUGACCAGCCAGGAUGGAACGAAUGCCUUCCCGGCCGGAUGCCCCAAGUGGGUACUCAUGGCCAAGUUACUGGACCGAUACCGAGAGAUGGCCAAGUUUACCGUCACCAGUUUGGAACGCCAUCUGCUCCUCAUAAGCACGGUGAUAGCCGUACUGGCAGCUUUGAUUGUAUCAAGAGGCUGCAAUUAUUUGUUGAAGCGCUGGAGACUUUCUGCGUACCCUCUGUACGAGGACAAAAAGGUGACGCCCAUAGAAGAGCUGCACAGCUCCAGAGAUUUGAUCGCCAAAGGCUUCGCAAAAUCACAAGGAAAGGAAAUCUGGAGGAUCAAUACCACGAUUGGAGAGGUCCUCGUUGUAUCACCGAAAUAUAUCGAGAAGUUUCGAUAUGGCCAUGGCUGCAGCGCGGCGGCAUAUACAGAGCGUGAAUUGCCUAUCAGUGCACCUGGAUACGAACCUUUCACCUUUGCCUCGAAUGAGUGGAGGCAGCGCAAUGCAGAUAUAAUUCUUCAUCGCCUCACCGGUCUUGUAUCCAACCGCAAAAUUGAGCUUUCUGAAGAGCUUUCGAACGCUCUGGAGUUGCGCUGGACGAAUUCCACAGACUGGCAUGCUGUGUCUUUGUUUCAAACUAUGACUGCAAUUGUGGCGCAGACCACACAGUAUUUCUUCACCAACAGAGAGCUCUGUCGAAAUGAUGCAUACAUACAGAGCUUGUUCGCCUAUUCAAGCCUCGCCUUCACUGAGGGUCGCAGUUUGAUGAAAUGGCCACGAGUACUCCAUCCUCUCGUUGCUCGUUUCCAUCCCGCAUCUCGGAAUCUUCAGAGCGCUCUUGAGAACGUUAACAAACAUAUCUUCCCUUUCGUCAGAGAGCGCAGGGCUGAAAUCUCCCGACGUCGUUUUGAAGCAGCCCAAUCCGGGAAGGAGACGCCACUCGCUGAUGAAUGGGUCGCAUGGCUCGACGAGAAAGCCGGGAACGAAGACUACAACCCUGGUGUGGCCAUGGUCUCUUUCUCCGUUGCAAGCUUUCAUACCACCACGGAUUUCAUGUGCCAGCUGCUUUGCGAUCUGGCGAGGAACCCUGCCAUUAUUGAGCAACUGAAAGAGGAAGCAUCUGAUGUGCUCAGAGAUCAUACAUGGACCAAAUCGAGCUUCGCACGGCUUGACUUGAUGGACCGAUGUAUGAAAGAGAGUCAACGAUUGAAGCCUAUUGGUGCAGUGUUCCUCAAAAGCAGAGCUCAAAAAGACAUCUCGGUGGAGAACGGCAACACUAUACCCGCUGGGUCAUUGUUCGUCGUCUCGGGCCAUUGGAUGCACGACCCGGCCAUUUACCCGGAGCCCGAGAAGUUCGAUCCUGGUCGACACUUGAGACAUGCCGAGGAAUCGAAGCCUAACAAACCUAAGCAGUUCACAGCAGUCAGCCCAGAGCACAUGGGCUGGGGCUACGGCAAGCAUUCCUGUCCUGGUCGAUUUUUCGCGGCCACUGUGGCCAAGAUGCUCCUGACCCAUAUCUUAUUCAAGUAUGAGUUCAAGCUACCAGACGGAGAGCUGAACCAACAUGCUUACGACUUCACAACUGAAAUUCUUGUUCGUCGAAGGAUAGAAGAAGGUGCGCUGAACUUGGACAGCUUUGACAGCAUCGAUCGUUGA